CACACCGCCCCAAAACAAGCGAAGCACGAGCCGUUCUCGCAGCACAUCCGUACGUCCGUGGAGGUAAACAUGGCGACUGUCGGAGCUCUGGGAAGAAUCGCCAGACUGGGCUCCAGACUCUGCCAGAAGCACCGUGUAAUCUUUACCACAAGCCCACAGAGACGAGGAAUCGCUUCUUCUGUCGACCCCGCUCACGGACUCACGGAUGAGCAGAAGGAGUUUCAAGAAGUGGCGUUUAACUUUGCAGCCAAUGAAAUGGCUCCACACAUGGCAGAGUGGGACCAAAAGGAAAUCUUUCCAGUAGAGACCAUGCGAAAGGCAGCCCAGUUGGGGUUCGGCGGGAUCUAUGUUCAGCCGGAUGUCGGAGGAACGGGUCUCUCCCGGCUGGACACGUCCGUCAUCUUUGAGGCCUUGUCCACAGGCUGUGUCAGCACCACAGCUUACAUCAGCAUCCACAACAUGUGUGCCUGGAUGAUUGACACUUUUGGUAAUCCUGAGCAGAGGCAGAAGUUCUGUCCAGAUCUCUGCUCCAUGGAAAAGUUUGCUUCCUAUUGUCUCACUGAACCAGGAAGCGGCAGCGAUGCUGCUUCACUUCUCACCACCGCAAAGCUGAAAGGUGACCAUUACAUCCUGAACGGUUCCAAGGCCUUCAUCAGCGGAGGGGGAGACACGGACGUGUAUGUUGUGAUGUGCAGAACAGGAGCUAAAGGAGCAAAAGGCAUCUCCUGUUUGGUCAUAGAGAAAGGAACCCCGGGCCUCAACUUUGGCAAGAAAGAAAAGAAGGUGGGCUGGAACUCCCAGCCGACCAGAGCGGUGAUAUUGGAGGAUUGUGCCGUUCCAGUGACCAACCGGAUUGGUGCCGAAGGGCAAGGAUUCAACAUAGCCAUGAAAGGCCUGAAUGGAGGCAGAAUUAAUAUCGCAUCCUGUUCUCUCGGGGCGGCUCAUGCCUGCGUUCAGCUAGCGAGGGAUCAUCUGUUAGUGCGCAAGCAGUUUGGAGAGACGCUCUCAAACAACCAGUAUCUUCAGUUCCAACUGGCAGAAAUGGCCACCAAGUUGGUUGCGUCUCGCCUCUUGGUGCGGGAAGCUGCAACAGCGCUGCAGGAGAACCGGCCUGAUGCCGUUUCUCUCUGCUCCAUGGCCAAACUCUUUGCAACAGACGAGUGCUUCAACAUCUGCAACCAGGCUCUUCAGAUGCACGGUGGUUACGGUUACCUCAAAGACUACGCAGUGCAGCAGUUUGUCCGAGACAUCCGAGUACAUCAGAUCCUGGAGGGCACUAAUGAGGUGAUGAGGAUGAUCAUUUCCCGAAAUCUGCUGACAGAGUCCUGAUGAGUCCUUCUCCUAGAACCGUAUCUCUAGCUUGUUACUGUGUGACUGCUCUGCAUUGUUGGAUUUGGGGGACUAACAUUUUUUCUGGAAUUGUGUUAGUGCUUGUGUUUAUACAAACCAUUCUCUAUAUGGAUUUGACAUUAGUGUUAAGAAAAUAACAAUGUUUACCCAACUGUAUAUUGCGUAUCCAUAAUGACAUGCAGUCUGCAGCGCUGUGGCCUUUUAGAUCUUAUUUAUAUUCAUGGUUACUGUAUGUUUCCCCACAUGCCGGGUGCACUGUCACAGCAAUAAAUGGGUAGUGUAUUAUCUAUGUAACACUCCAAAUUAAAUCUCACCUUUUUGAUCAAAUU